CCCUCAAAAUAAUAAUUCGAAGAAAUUGAGUUUUAUCAUAGUCCAUUUGAAGCGUAAGGAGAAUUGUUUCGAUUCUUUUUUUUUGACUCAGGACAACGCUUCUAGUCUUGCCUCUCGGGUGAAGAAGACAGAUGCAAGGGAAAUUGAAAGCUUUUAUCAGCAAUACUAUGAACACUACAUUAGAGCUCUUGACCAGGGGGAACAGGCAGACAGAGCGCAACUUGGAAAAGCUUACCAGACUGCUGGAGUGCUUUUUGAAGUGCUUUGUGCAGUCAAUAAAACUGAGAAAGUUGAAGAAGUUGCUCCCGAGAUUAUCGCGGCCGCCAGAGAUGUCCAAGAAAAGACUGAAAUUUACGCACCGUAUAACAUUCUUCCUCUGGAUUCCGCCGGGGCUUCACAGUCUAUCAUGCAGCUGGAAGAGGUUAAGGCUGCUGUGGCUGCUCUGUGGAAUACUCGUGCCUUGAGCUGGCCCAGUGCGUUUGAGCAACACAGGCAGAAAGCAGGAGAUUUAGACCUUCUUGAUUGGCUAAGGGCCAUGUUUGGGUUCCAGAGAGACAAUGUCAGGAACCAGAGGGAGAAUUUGAUUUUGCUUCUUGCUAAUGCUCAUAUAAGGCUUCAUCCCAAGCCUGAACCUCUUAAUAAGCUUGAUGAACGUGCUGUGGAUGCAGUUAUGAGCAAGCUCUUCAAGAAUUACAAAACAUGGUGCAAAUUUUUGGGACGAAAACACAGUUUACGGCUCCCUCAAGGUCAUCAAGAGAUACAGCAAAGGAAGUUGCUAUACAUGGGUUUAUAUCUUCUCAUUUGGGGCGAAGCAACUAAUGUUCGCUUCAUGCCAGAAUGUCUUUGCUAUAUAUUUCAUAAUAUGGCGUAUGAACUCCAUGGCCUAUUGGCUGGAAAUGUCAGCAUUGUUACUGGUGAAAACAUUAAGCCUUCUUAUGGUGGAGAUGAUGAGGCUUUCCUGCGGAAGGUUAUCACACCCCUGUACCGUGUAAUUGAAAAGGAAGCCAAGAAGAGCAGAAAUGGAAAAGCUACUAACUCUGCUUGGUGCAAUUAUGAUGAUCUUAAUGAGUAUUUCUGGUCGUCUGACUGCUUUUCUCUCGGUUGGCCCAUGCGUGAUGAUGGUGAUUUUUUUAAAUCAACACGUGACAGCAUACAGGGAAGAAAGGGUUCUAGAAGAAAAUCUGGAAGCACAGGAAAAUCAUACUUUGUUGAGACCCGAACAUUUUGGCACAUUUUUCGAAGUUUUGAUAGAUUCUGGACCUUCUAUAUACUGGCUCUACAGGCAAUGGUCAUCAUUGCCUGGAAAAAGGUUGAACUAGUGGAUAUACUUCAAGUGAAAGUCCUACUCGAUCUAUCCACUAUAUUCAUCACAGCAGCGGUUCUUCGCUUCAUUCAAAGUAUUCUGGACCUCAUUUUGAACUUCCCGGGAUAUCAUAGGUGGAAGUUCACUCAAGUGCUGAGAAAUAUUCUCAAGAUAAUUGUUAGUCUUGCAUGGGCCAUCAUUCUCCCAGUUUUUUACAUGCACUCCUCUAAAUUCGCCCCUAAAAAAAUUAAAGAUUUGUUGUCAUUUCUUGGUGAGGUGAAAGGCAUUUCUCCUUUAUAUAUCAUGGCUGUUGCCGUCUAUUUGCUUCCAAAUUUACUGGCAGCUGCUUUAUUCAUCUUUCCAAUGCUCCGACGUUGGAUCGAAAACUCAGAUUGGCAUAUCAUUAGGUUCCUCUUGUGGUGGUCACAGCCAAGAGUAUAUGUUGGAAGGGGAAUGCAUGAAAGUCAAUUUGCUUUGAUAAAGUAUACUCUUUUUUGGGUGUUACUUCUGACUUCCAAAUUUGCAUUCAGCUAUUUUGUCCAGAUAAAACCUUUGGUGAAUCCAACAAAAGACAUAAUGAGUAUUCGUCGUAUUGACUAUGACUGGCAUGAAUUUUUCCCUAGAGCUAAACAUAACUACGGAGCAGUUGUGUCACUCUGGGCACCAGUGAUCUUGGUCUAUUUCAUGGACACUCAAAUUUGGUAUGCCAUUUACCAAACUUUAUAUGGUGGUGUUUUGGGGGCCUUUGAUCGUCUAGGAGAGAUACGAACACUUGGCAUGGUAAGGUCAAGAUUCCAGUCCUUACCUGGAGCAUUCAACACAUAUUUGGUGCCUUCUGAUAAGUCUCAGAAAAGGGGAUUCUCUUUAUCAAAGCGUUUUGCUGAGAUAACGGCAAGCAGGAGAAGUGAAGCUGCCAAAUUUGCCCAGUUAUGGAAUGAAGUAAUAUGUAGUUUCCGUGAGGAAGAUUUACUAAGUGACAGGGAGAUGGACCUUUUGAUAGUUCCUUAUUCAUCAGAUCCUAGCCUGAAAAUAAUUCAGUGGCCACCUUUUUUGCUUGCUAGCAAGAUCCCAAUAGCAUUGGAUAUGGCUGCUCAAUUUCGAUCCAAGGACUCUGACCUAUGGAGGCGCAUAUGUGCGGAUGAAUAUAUGAAAUGUGCUGUGAUUGAAUGCUAUGAAUCAUUCAAGCAUGUCCUGAAUGUUUUGGUGGUUGGUGAAACUGAGAAAAGGAUAAUGGGCAUCAUCUUUAAAGAAGUCGAAAGUAACAUUUCAAAGAAUACACUUCUUGUAAAUUUCAGAAUGGGCUCUUUGCCUACUCUUUGCACUAAAUUUGUGGAGCUUGUGGGGAUCUUGAAAGACAGUGAUCCAUCCAAAAAAGACACGUUGGUGCUUUUGCUGCAAGACAUGUUAGAAGUAGUUACUCGUGAUAUGAUGGUGAAUGAGAUACGUGAACUGGUAGAAGUUGGUCAUGGUAGCAAGGAUUCUGGAAGGCAACUUUUUGCUGGCACUGAUGCAAAACCUGCUAUAAUUUUUCCUCCUACAAUCACUGCACAAUGGGAAGAACAGAUAAGACGUCUCUAUCUACUAUUGACGGUGAAGGAAUCCGCUUUGGAUGUACCAACAAAUCUUGAAGCACGUAGAAGGAUUGCAUUUUUCACAAACUCAUUGUUCAUGGACAUGCCUCGUGCUCCACGAGUUCGUAAAAUGCUCUCGUUCAGUGUCUUGACACCAUACUAUAGUGAGGAAACUGUCUAUUCUAAAGCUGACCUUGAGAUGGAAAAUGAAGAUGGUAUAUCAAUCAUCUAUUACCUGCAAAAGAUUUUCCCAGAUGAGUGGAAUAACUUCAUGGAGCGACUAAAUUGCAAAAAAAGUAGUGAGAUAAUGGAAAGUGAAGAAAACAUAUUGCAGCUUCGUCAUUGGGUCUCCUUGAGGGGACAAACUCUCUGCAGGACAGUUAGGGGAAUGAUGUAUUAUCGACGGGCUUUGAAGCUUCAGGCUUUUCUUGACAUGGCUUCUGAAAAAGAGAUACUGGAAGGCUACAAAGCUGUCACAAUUCCAUCAGAGGAAGAAAAGAAAAGUCAGAGAUCCCUAUAUGCUCAAUUAGAGGCUGUGGCUGACAUGAAAUUCACAUAUGUUGCUACCUGUCAGAACUAUGGGAAUCAGAAGCGGAGUGGAGAUCGCCGUGCAACAGACAUUCUUAAUUUGAUGGUUAAUAAUCCCUCCCUUCGUGUGGCAUAUAUUGAUGAAGUUGAAGAGAGAGAAAGUGGAAAGGUACAAAAGGUUUACUACUCUGUAUUGGUCAAAGCUGUCGAUUAUCUUGAUCAGGAAAUCUAUCGGAUAAAAUUGCCGGGCUCAGCAAUUAUAGGAGAAGGGAAGCCUGAAAAUCAGAACCAUGCUAUAAUUUUUACUAGAGGGGAAGCUGUUCAGGCCAUUGACAUGAACCAGGACAACUACUUGGAAGAAGCUUUUAAGAUGCGUAACCUUCUGGAAGAAUUCAAUGAGGAUCAUGGAGUGCGUUCACCUACAAUUUUGGGUGUUCGUGAGCAUAUCUUUACUGGAAGUGUGUCUUCAUUAGCUUGGUUUAUGUCAAAUCAAGAAACAUCAUUUGUUACCAUUGGUCAAAGAGUUCUUGCCAGACCUUUGAAGGUUCGGUUCCACUAUGGUCAUCCAGAUGUAUUUGAUAGAAUCUUCCACAUUACCCGUGGUGGCAUCAGCAAGGCUUCUCGUGGCAUCAAUCUGAGCGAGGACAUCUUUGCUGGUUUCAAUUCAACAUUAAGACGAGGGAAUAUUACUCACCACGAAUACAUCCAAAUUGGAAAGGGUCGAGAUGUUGGGCUUAACCAAAUCUCACUCUUUGAAGCAAAAGUGGCCUGUGGUAAUGGAGAGCAGACACUGAGCAGGGAUGUCUAUCGAUUAGGGCAUCGUUUUGACUUUUUCCGCAUGCUGUCGUUUUAUUUUACGACAGUAGGAUUCUAUGUCAGCUCAAUGAUGGUUGUCAUCACAGUCUUUGUUUACUUAUACGGCAAACUUUACCUGUCAUUGAGUGGAUUGGAGAAGGAAAUAGUUAAAUUUGCCAGGAACAAGGGACGCGAUCCUCUAAAGGCAGCCAUGGCUUCACAAUCCCUUGUUCAAAUUGGUCUUUUGAUGGCCUUGCCCAUGGUCAUGGAGAUUGGACUGGAGAGGGGGUUUAGAACUGCAUUAGGUGACAUAAUAAUUAUGCAGCUGCAGCUAGCUGCAGUUUUCUUCACUUUCUCCCUUGGAACAAAGGUCCAUUAUUUUGGGCGCACCAUCCUGCAUGGAGGGGCGAGGUACAGAGCAACUGGGCGUGGUUUUGUAGUCCGGCAUGAGAAGUUUGCAGAGAACUACAGGCUAUACUCAAAGAGCCACUUUGUGAAAGCGCUGGAGCUUAUGAUAUUGCUUAUAGCUUACAGGAUUUAUGGUUCAGCAGUUCCAGAUCCUACAGCUUAUGCCCUCCUAACAUUUUCGAUGUGGUUCUUAGUGGUUUCUUGGUUGUUUGCUCCUUUCCUUUUCAACCCUUCAGGCUUUGAAUGGCAGAAGAUAGUGGAUGAUUGGGAUGAUUGGGCAAAGUGGAUAAGCAGCCGAGGCGGUAUUGGUGUACCAGCACACAAGAGCUGGGAAUCCUGGUGGGAUGAGGAACAGGAACACAUGCAGUACACUGGACUUUUAGGAAGGUUCUGGGAGAUUGUUCUUUCACUGCGCUUCUUUCUCUAUCAGUAUGGAAUUGUAUAUCAUCUACAUGCAGUAAAAGAAGAGAGGGGCAUUAUAGUUUAUGGUCUGUCAUGGCUGGUCAUUGUAGCUGUCAUGAUCAUCUUAAAGAUUGUGUCCAUGGGUAGAAAGAAGUUCAGUGCAGAUUUCCAGCUGAUGUUCCGUCUUCUGAAGCUAAUACUUUUUAUUGGAACCAUAAUCACUGUUGUCGUGCUCUUUACUGUUCUUGAUCUCACAGUUGGAGACAUCUUUGCAAGCCUGCUGGCCUUCCUGCCAACAGGAUGGGCACUUCUGCAGAUAGCACAAGCAUGUAGGCCAUUGGUGAAGGGCAUUGGAAUGUGGGGGUCUGUGAAAGCUCUAGCAAGAGGUUAUGAAUACAUUAUGGGGCUGGCAAUCCUUGCGCCUGUGGCUGUACUUGCCUGGUUCCCAUUUGUCUCUGAGUUCCAAACCAGGCUGCUAUUCAACCAAGCUUUCAGCAGAGGGCUUCAGAUUCAACGAAUUCUGGCUGGUGGCAAGAAGAACAAGUAAAACCACCCAUGCAGCAUCAUCUUUACAAGGAGAUGAGAAAGAGAGAGAGAGAGUUGAGGAGACAAGGGUUGUCGAGGGAUUUAGUGACGAAAGAGAAAAAUCGAUAAAUGUAAACGCGGCAUGGUUGUCUAGUGUAGUAGUAUCUCUAUCUCCUCCGGCCCCAGACGACUCUUGUCUUGCAGGUUACGGAAAAUAUCAAGUUUUUUUGAUCUUUGUGAAGUCCCCCUCACGAUGGUAAAAAGAAAUGCUUCAAUCCGAUGUUUUACAUAUCCCUGUUACUUAUGUGUAUUAUCAUCAGCAAUGUGGUAUAAAAAUGUAUAUCCUCUUGACAUCAUUCUUUCUUUAUCCACAUAUAUCCAAAAGGAAAGCAUUACAUUUC